AUGGCGUCUAAAUCCACCCUCCCGUAUCAUACUCGGGCUGCUUCUCAUCAACAUCCUGUUGCCCAGAAGCUGUUUCGUAUUGCAGAACAGAAAAAGUCGAAUUUGAUCAUUUCUGCAGAUUUCUCUGACACAGAGAGCCUUCUGGAACGUGCCGACGAACUCGGACCUUAUAUUGCUGUGUUCAAGACCCACGUCGACAUUAUCCACGACUUCGGCGAGAAGACAGUAGUCGAAUUGAAGAAGCUUGCGGCGAAACAUAAUUUCAUGAUUUUCGAGGAUCGGAAGUUUGUGGAUAUUGGAUCGACAGUCCAGAAGCAGUACCAUGGCGGCGCGCUCCGGAUAUCUGAGUGGGCAGAUAUUGUGAAUGUGAGUCCUCUUGGAGGUGGGGGCGUCGUGGAGGCGUUGGAACAAGUCAUUUCCAAUGAGACGUUCCCAUACCGCGAUGAGAGAGCCGUUCUUUUGCUUGCCGAGAUGACCACUGCUGGCAGCCUUGCUACUGGUCAAUACACUCAAAAAUGUAUUGACAUUGCAAAACAGAGUGGCGAUGUUAUUGGCUUCGUGGCUACCGGAGCACUUGGCACUGCUACUCCUGAUUUAAACACAUCUGCACAAGAGGAUUUUAUUAUAUUCACUACUGGUGUUAACAGCUGUCAAUCUGGGAACAUCCUGGGACAGCAAUAUCAAACCCCGGAGGCAGCUAUUAAGGGAGGUUCUGAUUUUAUCAUUGUUGGUCGAGGUAUCUACACAUCAGAGAAUCGUGUCGACACUGCUAAGCAGUAUCAGAGGGAAGGUUGGAAUGCCUAUGAAGCUCGCAUUGCGUCGUAG